ACGUCAGGACUGCUGGAGAACAGGACGGUCCCUUCUUGCAACUUGGGUUUCAGCCUAACGUUGUGGGCUCGAGGGACGUUUUCUUUUCUCUCCUCUUGCUCCUCUCCAGGGUCUGGGCGCCACGGUCUCUGCUGCCGCCGGAGCCCGCUUCCCGGCGCGGUCGGGAUGGAGAGCCCCAGCGUGGGGCACCGCGAUGCUGCCCCCUCUGCCUCCUCCUCCGGUGAUCGCCGAGCCCCGGAGCAGCCGAGUGACCUCCGUGAGGAAGAUGCCGCUGUGGGAUCAGAAGGCAGAGAAGCAGGCGAGUGUGGCCCCCUGCAGCAGGCCCCUGUCGCUCCCGCUGCUGGCCCGCUGGGCGGAACUGCCGGAACAGAGCACCCUAAGCCUGCCCCGUGUGGGUGGGAAAGGGUGGUGAAGCAGAGGUUAUCUGGGAAGACAGCAGGACAAUACGAAGUAUAUUUCAUCAGCCCACAGGGACUGAAGUUCAGAUCCAAACGAUCCCUUACUAAUUAUCUUCUCAAAACGGAGGAGACCUCUCUUAAACCAGAAGAUUUUGAUUUUACCGUCCUUGCCAAAAGGAGCCGCCAGCCCAGAGGUGAAGAUUGCCAGGAAGUUCUCACGCCCCAGCUGGCAGACCAAAGGGUCAAUUCAACCUGGAGCCUCAGAACACGAAGCCGCAGGAAAAAAGAUGAGUCUGCUCAGCCAAGUGGUGGUUUGGAAUUGCAGGAGAGCAAAGAACUGCCCCCCUGUACUGCCACUCCUUUGCUCUCAAGAGAAAAGGAGGAUGGACCUGGGGCGGUCUCCAGGAAGGUUCAGAAGGCGAAAAGAAAGAAGACUGUUUGCAACGCAGUUGAAAUCAAGAAAACGAAAAUGCGGUGCAGGAAGAGUCUUCCAGAUUCUGUUCAGAGUAACGGAGAAAGAGCAUCUGGAGAGAGUGAAGCCGAGGCUCAGAGCGGUCCUGUUGGCCGCGACAGUCAACCGGAUAAAACUUCCUGCGUUUCUGAUGCCCCAGCCCACAAGCCGGCGCUCUCAGUGACCAGCGCAGGACAGAGACUUAAGAAAGCAACCUUGCAGGGUGCAGGAGCAAAUUGUCAAGCCGGGCAAAUAACAUCUGGCGUUAUAAACAAUUUAGGUGCAGCCAAAGAAGCAGAAGGCACUGAGAAGUGUGAGGAGACCGUUUUAGACUCGAAAGGAAGAGCAGAAGUAGAAGCUGAGGGAAGGAAGGAGCAUUUGCAUGUGGACGGUUUCAACCGUGACUUUGAAAUGGACAACGGCUGCUCACCAACCGAGACAGAGUCGCCCAUGAAAACACUCCCAGAGACCAUCGCGCCCCGGACACAAAUAGAAAGAAGGAAAACAAGCCUGUAUUUCUCCAGCAAAUAUAUAAAAGAAGCCCCUAGCCCCCCUCGACGCAAAGCUUUUAAGAAGUGGACGCCUCCUCGGUCACCUUUCAACCUUGUCCAAGAAACGCUUUUUCACGACCCGUGGAAGCUCCUCAUCGCAACUAUAUUUCUGAAUCGGACCGCAGGGAAAAUGGCCAUCCCUGUGCUGUGGGAGUUUCUGGAAAAGUAUCCUUCGGCUGAGGUAGCGAGAGCCGCAGACUGGAGGGAGGUGUCAGAACUCCUAAGGCCUCUUGGUCUCUACGAUCUCCGAGCAAAGACCAUCAUCAAGUUCUCAGAUGAGUAUCUGACAAAGCAGUGGCGGUACCCAAUCGAGCUUCACGGGAUUGGCAAAUACGGCAACGACUCCUACCGAAUUUUCUGCGUCAACGAGUGGAAGCAGGUACACCCCGAAGACCACAAGUUAAAUAAAUAUCAUGACUGGCUUUGGGAAAAUCAUGAAAAAUUAAGUCUAUCUUGAAACUUUGAAGUUUUAUAUCAUUUUUUAAUCAAUUGCUUUGCACUUUGAUUCUUACAGCUUCAUAAAGAAGGAACCCCCCCCCCUUUCCAAGCAGACAGAUUUUAUUCAAACCAGUCCAACCAAAAACCUAAUUAUGUUUUCAUCUUUUUAAUUUUUUUUUUGUUUUGGGCUACACCUGGCAGUGCUUGGGGGUUACUCCUGGAUUUGCACUUAGGAAUUACUCCUGCUGGUACUCAAGAGACUAUGUAGAAUGCCAGGGAUCGAACCUAGGUUGGUCACAUACCAGACAAACACCCUACCCAUUGUACUAUCUCUCUGGCCCCCAAUUAUGUUUUCUUAACUGAGUGCCACAGACAUGUCCUUACUACUGAUUAUGCUAGAACAUGGUUUGCGUUUUGCCUCAAAUAAAUUAUUUGAAAACAAUCCUUAAAAUUUUAACUUUGUCAAUAAAAAAUGUAUAAUUUUGUCAAUAAUAAAAUGUGAUUUGAAAGUGAAGAAAACUUUUUUUUCUUUUUGGGUUACACCCAGCGAUGCUCAGGGGUCACUCCUGGCUCUGCACUUAGGAAUUACCCCUGGCCGUGCUCAGGGGACCAUAUGGGAUGCUGGGAAUAGAACCCAGGUUGGCCGCGUGUAAGGCAAAUGCCCUACCCGCUGUGUUAUCACUCCAGCCCCGAAAAAAACUUUUAAACUAUCAAUAGUAUCAAAUUUCUGUCAACCUUGAGGGGGAAAUGCAAAAUUUCAAUUUCUGUUUGUUUGGGGUUUUUUUCCGGUGUAAUCCCACCAACAGCCAACAUCCAGAGACUUGAAACCAAGCUCCCAGAAGAGAGCGACACAGAGAGUCUCUUGCCCAUGCACGUGGCUGUCUUCCCUGGGGUCCCUCGGAGGGGGUGGGCUCCAACUUCCCUCCCCAUCCCGAGCAAGGCUCCUGAGACCGAAGACCUCUGGAGCCUAGCCACAGCCAUGCUCAAGUCCCCUAUCCACACGUUUGGACGAGCCUCACGCAUGAAGGUACCAGCAGAGGAACCCAGGUGUGUGGGACCCGGGGCUGAGACCUCCAAGACUGUUCGGAUCGGGACUGGGCCUCUUUCGCCCAGAUUUUCCCAUUUUCCAGUAUUUAGGCACACCAGGAACUGCCCCCGGCACCGUGUAAUCCCACCAAUGGCCAACAUCCAGGGACUUAAAACCAAGCUCCCGACAUCUUAUAGCCUACUUCUCCCUCUGGGAAAACCUGGCAAGCUACCGAGAGUUUCCUGCCCACAUGGGAGAGCCUCGAAAACUCCCCAUGGUGUAUUCAUAUGCCAAAACCAGUAACAAUGCUGGGUCUCAUUCCCCUGACCCUGAAAGAGCCUCCAAUGUUGCAUUGUUGGGAAGGAUGAGUAAAGAGAGGCUUCUAGGGGCCAGAGCGAUAGCACAGCGGGUAGGGUGUUUGCCUUGCACACAGACGACCCGGGUUCGAUCCCCGGCAUCCCAUAUGGUCCCCUAAGCACUGCCAGGAGUAAUUCCUGAGUGCAAAGCCAGGAGUAAUCCCUGAGCAUCACUGGGUGUGACCACAAAAAAAAAAAAGAGAGAGAGGCUUCUAAAAUCUCAGGGCUACAACAAAUGGAGACAUUACUGAGACCACUCAAGAAAUUUGACGAUCAACGGGAUGAUGAUGAUGAUGAUGAUGAUUGGAUUUUUUUAUUUUGUUUUUUGGGCCACAUCCAGUGAUGCUCAGAGAGUACUCCUAGCUCUGCAUUCAAGAAUCACUCCUGGUUGUGUUCAGGGAACCAUAUGGGAUACCUGGGAUCAAACCCAGGUCAGCCGCAUGCAAGAAAGCACUUACCCACUGUCUCUGUCUCUGGCCCCAAGACUUACAGUUUUAUCUAAGAAAAUUAUAUUAAGCCACUGUCCUAUGGAGCCAAAGAGAGAGUACAGUAAGUAGGGCUCUUGUCUUGUAUGUAGCCAACCCACUUUCAGUCCGUCACACCACAUAUGGUACGCCAAGCUCUGCCAAGAGAGAACCCUGAGCACCCAAAAAACAAAACAGA